AUGUUCUCUUCAACUGGUUGCUCCAUAAUUUCACUAUUUCUCUUGUUUUACGUGAAUAUUGUAAACUCUUCGUUUAUCGAAAAUGUCUCCGAAAAUCUGCACCAAUUCCUGGAUAUCGAUUCAUCGAGAGUUCGAAGAGAUACCGAGAUGGAGUCAAUUUGGAUGGAGUAUAAAUUCAACACUGGAGCUGGAAACAGAGAAGAGCUCGUCGUAACAGACAUUUCUGUACAGGAAUUGGCAAAUGUGCCAAGUACGAGAACGAAUUGGCUGUUUCUCGAAGUAAACGAAUCUGCUUACCUCUUUAACACAGAAGAGUCGAGUUUCUUCUUCUAUAAACUGGAUUUAACUAUCGGUUUGGCUACUCAUUCCGCAAACUUGAUCGUAGAAGGCACUAUAUUGACAUUUAACGUAAUCAGCCUGCAGCUAGAAAUCGAUCUGGUGGUUGUUUUGUGCGUGGAAUCAACUAGUGGAACCACGUUGAAAUGGUACAGACUGGUGGAUGGAAAUUCCUUCGAGUUCUUUUGGUCGUGGCAAGUGCAGAAACGUUUGAAGGACAUGAAAUUCAUCCGACAGGAACAACUGAAUAAAUUACUGCUACUGAACGACGAUAAAGAGCAUUUUGGGAUGCAAUAUUCGUCUAUCGACGUUUACGGAUUCAACAUCGACUUUUCAACUACAAGUUUCGACUUUUGGUUCUUUGAAAGGAUUCUCGGGCCAAAAGCGUUCGGUAUCCAACUCUGCCCCGUUUACGAAAGCCUUUCCCUUGCUCUUCAAGGCGAGAACGAUGUAUUCCUAUACGAAUAUAGAAACACUACUGGAGGAAGAAUUUUUCACGAGUUACAAACCAUAAAGUCGAACGAUUUGAAAAAUUUCGCCUGCUUUGAAAGUGGAUACCUUCAGUUUCUAGCGAUAUCCGGACCGGAAGCUGGUCUCUUUUACUUGGUAGAUGGUGAAUUUUUGUUCAACGCAGAAUCUGAAGCCAGCUUUGAUGUAUCAGAAAUUUCUUGGGUGCAAGAUGUAAAAUUGGACACGUACAGAGACGAAUCUCUGUUGUUGAUUCAAUUGAAAAAUUCCACUGUGAUUGCUCUAGCUUGGCAAGGUCUGAGUUUCAAAAAAAUAGAGUUACCCAAUAAGAUUCUCGAUCAAUUCGAUCUUUCUAUGGUCACACCUAUUCCAAAAUUUGGGUUUAUCUCGGGUGGCAAGUUUGUGAAAUUUCAUACGAAAUUGGAGGACGUGCAGCAUCCAGUUCAGUAUACAACAGAGAGAUUGCUAGGCUUGCAAAGUUUAUUGAACGACACGUUGUACCAUCAGGAGAAAAUUAUAGACGAAACAAAAGCACGAUACGAAAAGAGUUACUUAAAAAAUUCUAUAAUCACCGGUUUUUGGAACCUGAGUACAGUGAAUGUAACGAGCGCAGACAUAGCUGAUAACGUGAUUUAUCAUUCAGUCACCAUAGGUGCAAGUAAUUUAACGAGAGAAGAAUUAGAAUUCGAUGUGAACGAUUUCUCGGAUAGACUGAAAAUUUUAGAACAGAAGCUCGAUGAAAUUAACUCGAACUUGGAGAACGCUAUGGAUUCUAACUCACGUGUGUUACAUUUCGAUUCAGGCGUGGAAAUUUUCGGAAAUAUCAACGUCACUGGAACUUUGAACGUUGAAAACUUAAGUGCACAAUACAUCAAUGACAUAAAUUUAACGAACAACUCCGAGUCUUCUAACGAUCGCAAUUUCAUCGAAGAUGAGAAAUCAUUCGAUUCGAUAGAAUCAGAAAAUUUGACAAUUCAUUCGGUGAACGGUGUACCCAUUGAAAAUAUUCGUUUCAGCGAUUUUACGGUGGAUUACAGUAACACAGAUUUCUCGAAAAUAAAUCGAGCUCACAUAGAAGGACACCUUUCCUUUGAGACGAUCAACGGUAUUAAUUGGGAAGCGCUAAUGAAGAACAUCGUGUGGAAAGACAGGCCAAUGUUCAUUCCAGGGAACACUACCAUCGAAGGGACACUGACUGCAGAUGUAUCCGACUUGUACGUGUUAAACGAUCUUCCGUACCCCGAAGACUACGUUUUAACGGAUAGCGAAGAUCCUGUGAUUAUAACUGGUUCAAAAUCGUUUAACACAUUGCUAACGCCACGUCUGGAAAACGUGACCACCCUAAACGGGAUAGAUUUCGAGGAUUUUGUCAUUUUGAACAAGGACAAUGUCCUGAAAGAAGAGACCACUUUUGAGAAUUUGACAAUCGAGAGAAAGUUUCAGGUAGACGGUGAGAUAUCUGGAUUAACCGAGAAGCUGAGUCGAUUGUUGAACGAAACUUCCGAAAUUUCUUCAGACGUCACCUUCUUGAAUUUGAACGUUUUGGGAAAUGUUACGUUCGAUACAGCGUUCAUGAACAGGCGUCUGUUGAAUUUAGGAGAUCUACUGUUGAAAACGGAAGAAAACGUGGAAAUUACCGGAACUAAGACGUUUUUGGGGAACGUUGGAAUGUUGUCCAAUGUUACGAUCACGUCUGGCUUGGUCAAUGGACACUUUCUGGACGAAUUCGUGACUCGGGACACCGAUCAAGAAUUUCCAAAUUUAACGAAAAUAUCGUCGAACGUCACUUUCGGGAACGUGACAUUUGGAGCGGUAGAAAAGCUAGAAGCUUUCUUGAACGAACAAAAAUAUCUGACCGAUUGUUUGGACAAAAUUAUCGUGUUCAAGUCACCGAUUAUAGUGGACGAAUUGUCUUUCGAUAAAUUGAACAACGACAUAUCGUACGAGCACUUCAAUCAGAAGCUAAACGAAACGUUUCAGAAUGUCACCUUUGAGAAUUUAAUCGCAGAAACUUUGCUGGCCGAAGAAAUUGUCCCUAAGACUGUAAACAACGUUGAUUUUUCUAAUUUCACCAAAGAUUUGCCACAUUCGAACAUUAUUGACGAAUACAGAGUCGAUCAUUUGGAGACUGAUCGAUUGAACGUGUCGUUCAUAAACGGAAUGUCUCUGGACGAGAUUAACGAGUUGAUAGACAGAGAAAAAUCGAUAUUGGAGAGUAUCUUAAAUGGAAAUAUUACUUUAGAAUCUCUUCAAGUGAGAGGAAAGAUCGAGACAAAAUUAAUCAACGGAGAACUCUUCGCAGAUUUGUACGAGGACCAAAUAGACACUGUGAUCUUCAAAGAAGACGUGUCCAUAAAGAAUCUGACUGUUUUAGGGCUAAUGAAUGGCUUCAAUUUUUCAAAACGUGUCUCUGAUACAGUAUUAAAAACCGAUAAAAACAUAGUAAUCAACGGGCACAAAAUAUUCAACAACAUAUCCUGCCAGCAACUUGAAAUAAGAUUUUUGAACGGCCGUCCUGUAGAAAAUAUUCUAAAUCCUUCGAGAAGACAAGUUUUAUCAGGUCCUGUGGUCGUAAAUGGUUCGGUGACAAUUUUGAAAGAGUUCAACGCAACCGGAAAUAUCGGUAACGUAUCGUUCCAAGGUUUAAUGGACAGAUUCAAGCCCUUAGAGAACAAUACGUUCGAGUUGCAUGGAAGUAUUCGUUUCCCUAACAACGUGACUAUCGAAAAUCUCUACUUGAAUGGUUCCAUUCAAGGAAGAAACAUGGACGAGUUUCUUAACGCUGUGGUUCUCAAGAAGGAGGACGAUCUCACGAUAUCUGGCACGAAAGUGUUCGAAGGCUCUAUUACUUUUAAGGACGCAUUUGUAGUGCGCGAGAGGUUGAACGACAUAGACCUGAAGAAGUUCGACGAGAAGGCUGUCUUUAUCGACAAACCAUUCUCCGUCGAGUCGAAAAUUGUCUUCAAAGAUGAUAUUAAAGUGGAGAAGGAUCUUGCAGUUAAAACGAGCCUUGAAGCUAAAUCCAUCAUGGGAAUCGAUAUAGAAGAGAUGAAACUUAACGUGCUGCAUCUGGACAGACCUACUUAUAUCGACGAAACUAUCACGUUUACCGAUGUGAAUUUCGAAUCGGACAUUCGAGUGGAGAAGUUCAACGAUUUGGAUAUGAAUUUGUUAAUACCGUUGAAUAAGGAACAGGCUAUGCCUGUGAAGGUUCUGAAAUGCCUUAAUAUUACCGUAGAUAAGCUUACAAUAUUGGAAACUGUUAAUAACCAAGAUUUAACAGAAAUCCAAGAGAACACUUUUAUGACGAUUGGAAGUCAGAAUAUAACAGGAAAUUUCAAUUUUCCUGGUCACGUCCAUAUUCGUCGCGAUUUCAAUCCGCGUCUCAUCAAUGGCAUCGAUCCAACAAGGUUUAUCCCUUUGAAUUCAAAGAGUUCCAUAAGUGGAAAUUUCGUAUUCGAAAGUCCAAUGUAUUUCAACCAAAGCUUGCGAGUAUUAGGCUAUCUGAAUGGCAUAAAUCCCACUCGAUGGGAAGCUGUGGCUGUUACCGCGAAUAAUUCGCUUCAACAGAUCAUCUCUGGUAGGUGGACAGUGUUUGGAAACGUUUAUUUCGAAAGAGGAGCUUCUGGAAGCGAUAUAGUAAAUGGUAUCAAUGUCACCGAAAUUUCGAACACCUUGGCUAAGAGGCAUUUAGAGAUGGACGCUGUUUUGAUGGAGAAAAAUGCAAAUUUGAACAGCAUAUGCGACGAUUUAAGUCACCUGAAGCAUUUCGCAGAGAAGCAAAUUUAUCAGUUCGCUGCAUUCGACUAUUUACAAAUCAUCGAGUUGGAUAGCGGCAUCGUUAGCGUCCAUUACUUCGAAUUAGACGACUUGGACUAUUUCAUGUUGAGUUACAACACUUGUCAAAUGCACACAUACUUAUUCACUGGAACGAAAUUCGAGUUGGUAGCUAAUGUGCCUGAUUUUGGGGUGGUCGAACGAUGGACCACCUUUAAACACGAUCAAAUCUUGUAUUUUCUCACUUCGGGAGCGAGCUCGUGUGGAAGAGGUCCUGUUAAUUUGUGGAAAUUGAAGAACGACGAAUUUCAGCAUGUCUUAGACCUUGAUCGCAGUAUAGACAGCAGAAAGAUAAACAAGGACAUCUUUUUGACGUUAAUCGGUUUGAAAGGGCAGAUGAGAUCUUCUGCAAGGAUGGACGAAGAAUUGGAAAAAUCACUUUCGUCUCUGGAAGGUGAAGACGACGUGAAAAUUGUCUUGGAAGAUGAUCAGAUGCUGUUAACGAGUAGAAGUAACGUGUACGAGUAUAAUACUGAUCGUUCUAAUGGUACUAGUCUUGGAAAAUAUACCAGAAGUCCAGAAAUUCUGCAUUUCAAAGCUGGAUUACUCGAGAAGGAAAUGUUCUUGUAUUACGACGAAGAAUUCAGCAAGGAUCGUAUAUUUAUUUGCAACCGUAACGCAAAACGGAAGCAAAUUCUGCAGACUUUGAAGGUUCACAGGCCAACGUCGUUUACGAUACUCAACUUCGAGGGGUCGAUUGAAACUUUGCUCGUUUUUGUUGAAAAUAAGAAGAAACUUCGUAUUUACGAGUAUAAAGGUAUCCAAGGGUUCGUGUAUAGGGACAGCAUAAGAAUGAACGUGGAUAAAUUGUUCGCUUUCAAAUUUCGGAAAUAUACUAAUUUCGCGAAACGACACCUCCUCGCCCUAAUUCACGAGAACAGGUUAACAAUCCUGGAGGCAAAAAUGUACGGAGAAAAAGUAGAUAUGGCAGCGUUAACGUGUUGA